GUUGUUGAGACAACUAAUUGGAGCAGCUGUGUUUUAGAGAGUUCUUAUCUGGAAGACUGAUAAUUUUCGAGAUGGAGUUUGCUUUACUUGCGAUGUUAAUUCUCGGAGUUCUACAGCAGUCGAUGGCCUGUACAUACACGCCCGCCCGACAAGAGGUCACAGUAUUUGGGACGAGGAAAUUCUACUGUGAUUAUGCAAUCGGAAGCGGCAACUCGACGGUAAAACUCUCUGUGAUACCGGGCUCCAGGUUCCGGACCAGUGAGUGUUCUGAAUGUCACUGCACCAGAAACGGACUCCAGUGCUGCGGGUAUGGCGUUCGUUCGUCGAAGCUCGUGGUACCUAACGAGUGCCGAGUACUCCCUGAUGGCUGUGAGCCGCGACUAGUCAUGAAGUCGGACAACAAAUCGGAGUGUAAAUCCACGCGGCCGCCAAUGAAACCAAGACUUGAACAGACAAUAAGCCCACGUGUACAGACGGGAAGGGCAAGGCAACAGGCGACAGACACUGUCGACAAUAAAUGGCAGGCAAUGUCAACUGUGACUCGCCAAGUCCAAGGAAAUCAAGCCACAGGAAACCAAGACCAAGGACAGCAAGUCAAAAGAAUUCAGACCCAAGGAAACCGACUACCGGGAAACCAGGCAUCUAGAAACCGAGCACUAGGAAACCAAGCCCCUAGAAACCAAGGUUUAGGAAACCAGGCACCAGGAAAUCGAGCCCCAGGAAAGCAAGCCCCAGGAAACCGAGUCCCAGGAAACCGGGUCCCAGGAAACCGAGUCCCAGGAAUCAAAGCCGCAGGAAACCAAGCCCCUCGAAACCAAGGUUUAGGAAACCAGGCACCAGGAAAUCGAGCCCCAGGAAAGCAAGCCCCAGGAAACCGAGUCCCAGGAAACCAGGCACCUGGAAAUCGAGCCCCAGGAAUCAAAGCCCCAGGAAACCAAGGCCUGAUUCAGCAAAAAACAUCGUCGGUCCAGGGGACAGCGCCGUCUCCUCGCCCGGCUCAACUUGCUGCCACUCCAGCACCGGUCAAACCGACACCUCCAACCCAGCAGAGACGACGACCAGCCUCAAGAGCUAGACCACAAAACAGAUCAUGGCGAGCCAAUCCAUUCCAUCAAACAGGUCCGGUCACGGAGGAAAGCAUGCAGUUUAUACAAAAUAUGAUGCUUUUCCGCGCUUUAUCCGGUGGAAACCCUGGCCCGCUCCAAAGCAUGAUGUUAAUGAAUAUGUUUGAAAUGUAAUUAUUGUUAACCAUUGAUCACCGUAAAACGAUAUCUCAUUCCGUCUGUUGUUAGCAGAGUACACGUCAAUAGGUUUAUAUAACCACUUCUUGUCAUCUGACGUUUAUUGUACAGUGUACACUGUACGUAUACCUAUCUCAGGGUUUCGAGUUCCUUAGUUUAUGACGUAAUGCCACGACAUAGCAGCAAUACAUGGUAACAAGGUAACACAGUGUUGUGACGUGGCUUUGUUCAUACAGGUACAGAUGGCAUAGGUGUACGUACAUACAGGUACAGAUGGCAUAGGUGUACGUACAUACAGGUACAGAUGGCAUAGGUGUACGUAUAUUCAGGUAAAUAUGUAAUGGGUGUACGUACAAACAGGUAAAUAUGUAAUGGGUUUACGUUCAUUCAGGUAAAUAUUAAUGGGUGUACGCACAUUCAGGUAUAAACGUAAUGGAUGUACGUACAUUCACGUAAAUAUUAAUGGGUGUACGUACAUUCAGGUAGAUAUGUAAUGGAUGUACGUACAUUCAGAUAAACAUGUAAUGGGUGUAUGUACAUACAGGUAAAUAUGUAAUGGGUGUACGUAAAUUCAAAUAUAUAUGCAAUUGGUGUACGUACGUACAGGUAUACACGCAACGGAUGUACGUAAGUUCAGAUAAAUAUGUAAUGGGUGUACGCAAAUUCAGGUAAAUAUGUAAUGGAUGUACGUUAACUCAGGUAAAUAUGUAAUGGAUGUACGUACAUUCAAAUAUAUAUGUAAUGGGUGUACGUACAUUCAGGUAAAUAUGUAAUGGGUGUACGUACAUUCAGGUAAAUAUGUAAUGGGUGCACGUACAUUCAGGUUUAUAUAUGUAAUGGGUGUACGUACAUUCAGGUAAAUAUGUAAUGGGUGUACUUACGUACAGAUAAAUAUGUAAUGGAUGUACGUACAUUCAAAUAUAUAUGUAAAGGGUGUACGUACAUUCAGGUAAAUAUUUAAUGGGUGUACGUACAUUCAGGUAAAUAUGCAAUGGAUGUACGUACAUUCAGGUAAAUAUGUAAUUGGUGUACGUACAUUCAGGUAAAUAUGUAAUGGGUGUACGUACAUUCAGGUAAAUAUUUAAUGGGUAUACGUACAUUCAGGUAAAUAUUUAAUGGGUAUACGUACAUAGAGGGAUAUGUGUAAUGUGUGUGUACAUAGGGGUAUGUAUGUUACAGCACAGAAACCAUGUACCGGAAUCAGUUACAUUCCGGUAUAAAUACCGGUGUAGAAUCAUUAUCAAUAUUACUCUCGUCAUUACUUUUGUCAUCAGAUGACAAUGUCUCCCACAUUUUACUGAUUUAUAUCACGUUUUUCUUUUUCAAGAUUUCUUUGUCACCCCUAGAGUAUGAUUUCUCUGUCACCCCUAUGGUAUAGAUUCUCUGUCACCUCCUAGGGUAUGAAUUAUCUGUCACCCCUAGGGUAUGAAUUUUCUGUCACACCUAGGGUAUGAUUUCUCUGUCACCCCUAGGGUAUGAGUUAUCUGUUACCAGCUAAGGUAUGAUGUCUCUGUCUCCCCUAGGGUAUGAGUUAUCUGUCACUCCUAGGGUAUGAUUUCUCUGUCACUCCUAAGGAAUGAGUUCUCUGUCACCCCUAGGGUAUGGUUUCUCUGUCACUCCUAGGGUUUGGUUUCUCUGUCAUCCCUAGGGAAUAAGUUAUCUGUCACCAGCUAAGGUCUGAUGUCUCUGUCACCCCUAGGGUAUGAGUUAUCUGUUACCAGCUAAGGUAUGAUGUCUCUGUCUCCCCUAGGGUAUGAGUUAUCUGUCACCAGCUUAGGUAUGAUUUCUCUGUCACCCCUA